GUUUGUCAAUGAACAUCAAAGUGUAUAACGGUUUCUUUAAAGCGUUUGAGUUCAUUACUAUUAAUAACAUACAUACCUUAAAUUAAAAAAUAACAUCAACUUUACAUAUUUAUUAACAAAUAGCCUAAUAAUAAGAAUACUUUAUAUUAUAAUUCCUGUAUUCCGCACUUACUUAUUAAAGAUUGACGUCUGCGUACCCCAAGGAAAUUUAUUAGUCCCCCAAGUGUUUAAUUUAUGAAUAGAACUGUUGAACAUUUGAAUAAAUUAACAACUAUAAAAAAUGGCAAAGAAUAAACUAAAUAGAAUUGUUGUGAUAUUAAUGUGCUCAAUCGUGAUGACAGUGAAAGUAAUUAGCAAAGAUUUAAGUGAAGAAGAAAGAGCUAUGAGAGCUACUUUUAUUCAAAAAUUAUUAAAUAAACAAAAGUACUUGGAAGGCAAAAUUAGAUUAGUCGGUGGAUCAAAUGAUUAUGAAGGCAAUGUUUACAUCUACCAUGCCGGCCGUUGGGGUGCCGUCUGCGAUGAUUCGUGGGAUGAUGCUGCUGCUCAAGUGGUUUGCAGAGCCUAUAAUAAGACGGGUGUAGCCACUCACGGUGGACAGUACGGAGAAAGCACAAGGAAAUUCUGGAUGGACGACGUAGUCUGUCAAGGGGACGAAAAAUCAUUAUCCCAUUGUAUUUUUACUGGAUGGGGCUCAUCUGACUGUGAACCAACUGAGGCUGCAGGAGUUAUAUGUUCGGACGACAUCCACAGACAGAAAACGGUGUCCGAUUUUCAAAAAAAGAAACUUAUACACGAAGUUUUGGACGUAAAAAGUAUUUCCUUAAGAUUGGAAGGUGGAAAGGAUCCUAAUGAAGGACGAGUUGAGAUUUAUUACAACGGCACCUGGGGUAGCAUAUGUGCAGACGGUUGGACGUUAUACGAAGCUUCAGUAAUUUGCAGGCAUCUAGCCCUAGGUUUUGCCAGUCAAGCUCUACAAACAGACUACUUUGGUGGUUCCAAGAUCGUCAUGAGUGGUAUAGAAUGCUCUGGAAAUGAGAAUAACCUAUUUUUAUGCCGUCAUGGUGAAUACGGCAUUGUUAAAUGUCCUGGAGAAAAAGGGCAUGUUGCUGCAGUGGUUUGCACGCGGCACCUGGCUGACUUGGUGCUGGAGACUACAGUCAUUGAGAGGACGUCCCAUCUUCAAGAUGUACCGAUGUACCAAUUGCAAUGCGCCAUGGAAGAGAAUUGUCUCAGCAAAACUGCUUACGAGAUAAAAGAAAAGAACCCUGACUGGCAGUUCGAAACGCGACGGUUACUCCGAUUCACAGCAUCCUCUCUGAAUAUUGGCAAUGAUGAAUUCAGACCAUAUUUGCCAAAACAUCUUUGGCAAUGGCAUUUAUGUCACAUGCAUUAUCACAGCAUGGAAGUGUUCGCAACCUUCGAUAUUUUGAAUAAAACUGGAUAUAGAGUGGCGGAAGGGCACAAAGCUUCGUUCUGUUUAGAAGACAACACAUGCCUUCCUGGCGUUAAAAAGAAAUACUCCUGCAAGAAUUAUGGAGACCAAGGUGUAUCCGUGAAUUGUUCCGAUGUCUACCAGUAUAACAUUGACUGUCAAUGGGUAGAUGUGACCGAUGUUGAGCCAGGGGAUUACACUUUCAAAGUGGCGGUAAACCCCCACGCCAGAGUAGCAGAACAACAGUAUCAUAACAACGCUGCAACGUGUCAGCUGCGACUUACUGACACUUAUGCUAGUGUGUACAGAUGCGAAUUGGGCAGGCCAUGAAUCUCGACGUUAAGACUAGCCGAAGAAAGCAAGCGAAUCGGAUUUUUAUUUACACCACGCAAAUUGAUGACCGGGACAUUAGAAUUAUGACGAUUCCGCUUGUACUAUUGUUCAAAGAUUCAUUGUAUGUUUUUCACACAGAUAUAAUUUUUAAAAUAUAUUUUUCACCAAAGUGAGAAUAAUCUUUCUGAUGAUUAGAUAGAUUAUCUAAAUUAAAAUCGAAAAUAGUCACUAGUAAGAAAAACUAACAAAUUAACCUGUCUAGUCUUGACGAGUAUGUAUUAUUUCAACAGUUAUAAUGUAAUGAAGAAACUCACAUACCGGAUAUAUAACAGACUUAUCCCUACUAAAUGAAAAUAAAAAUCCAAGUAUCCCAACCAGUGCAAAUCGGUGGAGAUAUGUGGAGUAACAGAUUCCAUAUAUCCUUACCAGUAGCUACAAUUAG